AUGACUUGUGAAAAUCAGACCAGAGUCACUGAAUUUAUUCUUCUUGGUUUUUCAAACAACCCUGAAAUGCAAGUUCCCCUCUUUGUAUUGAUCCUGGCUAUCUAUACAGUCAUUUUGCUGGGCAACUUUCUUAUUGUCACAGUUACCUGUGUGGAUCCUGCUCUUCAAACACCCAUGUACUUCUUUCUCCGAAAUCUAUCACUUCUUGAAGUCUGUUUCACCUUGGUCAUGGUGCCGAAGAUGCUGGUAGAUCUACUUUCCCCAAGGAAAGUUAUCUCUUUUGUGGGUUGUGGUACCCAGAUGUACUUCUUCUUCUUCUUUGGCAGUUCUGAAUGUUUCCUUCUCUCUCUGAUGGCUUAUGAUCGCUUUGUAGCUGUCUGUAACCCUCUCCAUUAUCCAAUCAUAAUGAAGAGGACUCUGUGCUCAUGGAUGGUCAUAGGCUCCUGGAUGUCUGGUGUCCCUGUCUCUAUGCUGCAGACAGCAUGGAUGAUGGCCCUUCCUUUCUGUGGACCAAAUGCCAUAGAUCACUUCUUUUGUGAUGGUCCCCCGGUGUUGAAACUAGUCACUCAAGACACCACCAUGUAUGAAAUGCAAGCACUUGCCUCCACACUGCUAUUUAUCAUGUUUCCCUUUUCCCUCAUUUUGGUCUCCUACACUCACAUUAUCGCAACUAUCCUGAGGAUGCCCUCUGCUACUGGUCGCCAGAAGGCAUUUUCUACCUGUUCAUCUCACCUCAUCGUGGUGUCCCUCUUCUAUGGAACUGGCAGCCUCAUCUACCUACGUCCCAAAUCCAACCAGUCAUCUGAAAGCAAGAAACUAAUUUCAUUGUCCUACACUGUCAUCACCCCUAUGUUAAACCCCUUCAUCUACAGCCUGAGGAACAACGAAGUGAAAGGGGCAGUGAAGAGGGCAAUCAGUCGAAAAGUCUUACAGAAGUGA